UUUUCAUUUAUUAUUUUUCUUUCUUACAAGCUGAGACUUCCAACAACAGAUAUUUGAGGCUUGUGUCUCGCGAAAGAAUUAAUGCAUCUGUCCCUACUCUACAUGCUGCAAGCAAGAAGCAAAAGUCAAUCAGCAGUGAGACCGUUAGGAGCAGGUGGUUAGGGACAGGUAGGCAGGGAUUAUCGCCCUUACCCGUGUGUGAGCGAGGUUGCUGCGUCGUGGUCUGACGUCAUAAUCUGACGUCAUAAUUUGACGCAAUUUUGGGUUUUGACGUUUGAGAAAAGAAAAAGGAAGAGAGCAGACGACAGAUAGAGAGACAGGCGGCGAACUGAGUGAGAGGAGAGGUCUUGCUGUACGUGUGGUUACAGGGACCGGGAAUAAUGGAAGUUCAUGAUGCUCAGGUUUGGCAGUUUCCAUCUGACUCAGUGCUGAGGAGAAGCAAAAUGGGUUUCCUGUCUGCAACUUACUUUGUUGUAUGAGAGGAAGCCAUCUCUAGCCAUGUCUGGACCUCAGCCACCUUCAUCACAACAGGGAAAGCCCCGGAAUGGAGGAGGUGGACGAGAAAGUUCUAGAGGCGGUGGCCGGGUUAAAGUUCACCUACACGCCGUGACCGAUGAACAGGCUGGGCUACUUAUGGAUACAGAGAAUGCGCGUCCACUGGAGGAGGUCAAGAAGAAGACAGGCGCUGAUGUACACUUUGACCCCAACCCGUCACCUGUACCAGGUAUGAAGAUUGUCAUCAUCCGCGGUGUCCCAUCUCAGAUCGAGGCGGUCGUCAGGCUCAUCAGGCAGAUGACUGGUAGUCAGGAGGAUAUUGUCAAGAUCAUCAGAAAGAAGCUGAGAGACGCCGUGUCACAGCUGAACAAAGCGGAGGCCAUGUUGUCUCACCUGGUGUCUGAUGUCUGUCCCGGUCUGCGCAUCACCAAGACCAUCGCCGUCCCUAACCUUACGACUCGUCAGGUACAGCAGGCCAUCUCUCACGACUCACAACUCACUGAGAGGAAAGCGCAGACGACAGACGAUUCCUCUGAGACACUUGGUCCUGCACAGAGGAGAGCACUGUCAACCAUGUCUGAUAAACAACCGUCUGCUCCACAACAGGGAAAGCCCCGGAAAAGAGGAGGUGGACGAGAAAGUUCUAGAGGCGGUGGCCGGGUCAAAGUUCACCUACACGCCGUGACCGACGAACAGGCUGCGCUACUUAUGGAUACAGUGAAUGCGCGUCCACUGGAGGAGGUCAAGAAGAAGACAGGCGCUGAUGUACACUUUGACCCCAACCCGUCACCUGUACCAGGUAUGAAGAUUGUCAUCAUCCGCGGUGUCCCAUCUCAGAUCGAGGAGGUCGUCAGGCUCAUCAGGGAGAUGACUGGUAGUCAGGCAACACUCACAGAAGAAGUUCAGACAUUCUGGCUCCAGUGGGUUGAGGCCGCGUACCCUGACCUCGAGUCUCGCGCCUACUUCCUGCCUCCUGUCUACUUCAACCGCGUGCCUAUGACCACAGAGACAGUUGCUGGUCAAGAUGUUCAAGUUCUAUUGUCAGCAACUCAAAAGAGUCCAUCAGCAACUGCUGCGUCUGCUUGUCAGGAUGUCGUGGUUCUUGACUCCCCAUCUGAAAAAGCUAGUAAACGAAGGGGUCUUCUAAAAAAAGUAGGAUCUUUACCGAAGUCAUCCAAAACACAUGAACCACAACAAGAAGCUGUAUUACCUUCAAACACGCCGGUGAUGACUCCAUCAGAAACAGCUGAGACUUUCAUUUCUCACCCUGCUACAGCCCAGGACAGUGACAUUAGAGAUGACACAGCCAUGAAACAAGUUCUCUUAUGUCUUCAGAGUUUGUCUGAAAAGACAGGAGAAGUGUUAGUUGGAAUCACACGACUCCACUUCACACAAUAUCUGAGUGAACCUUGUUUUUCUGUGGCGGCUGCCCAGUUACCCCGAGCCUCCAGCCUGCCUCCUGACUUGCCACAGAGCUGGAAACAAGGAAAUUUUGAUGUGCUUCUUAUUCACCGACAUUACGGUCUUGUCGUCUGCAAUGUGAUGUCGUUCGGUGACAUGACAAACGACCUUAAAAUGUCACAGGAGGAUAUUGUCAAGACCAUCAGAAAGAAGCUGAGAGACGCCGUGUCACAGCUGAACAAAGCGGAGGCCAUGUUGUCUCACCUGGUGUCUGAUGUCUGUCCCGGUCUGCGCAUCACCAAGACCAUCGCCGUCCCUAACCUCACGACUGACCAGGUACAGCAGGCCAUCUCUCACGACUCACAACUCACUGAGGACCUGCAUUGCUGUCUAAAAACUACUGACCCCGCCGACAUCGCUGGUGUGUGUCUGUGCUGCGAUCAGUUGUGUGACCCAGAGACCCCUUGUGACGUCAGUAGUCACGUGUUAAAGAAACUCGGCGAAUGGUGGAAACGACGUGUGGCUGUGUCUGGGCCUGACAGUCACAUGACACGUCACAUGUACAAGACACUAGUAGCACGUGUUCUGUCUAGAGGACAGCUAAUUACAGACCGCUAUCAGGUGUACCCAACCAAUCACGUGACCAAUGCUACAUACAAGGAGCCUGUGAGUUGACUGUUGUAGCCAUUGUGAGGAGUUUGCCUUGUGCCAUGUACAGUGUCAUCGGCAGCUGGUUCUGUGGUCCGGCGACAACAGUGACUGUGCCAUGCACAUGUCCU